GGAGUAUAUAACGACCAUAUUCACCUCCCUCCAUCUUAUUCUCCUCAUCAGCAUCAUCAGCUUCAUCAGCUUCCAACGGACACUCACUCCCUCAAGCCACUUCGAUUCACUCCCUUAGUUCACCAUGAAGCUCACUCUCGCCGCUCUCCUGGCCCUCGCCACCGCCGUGCACUCGCACGCCACGCUGCAGUACAUCAACGACAACUCUGCGGUCAUCCGUCCUCCGCCCAACAACAACCCCGUCACCGAUGUUACCUCCUCCGCCAUGGCUUGCAACGUCAACGGUGGCGUCACCCGUCCCACCAAGCUCGUCGUCGCUGCCGGCUCCACCGUCCAGCUGGAAUGGCACCAUGGAGGGCGUGACACGCAGGCGAUCGAUCCUUCCCACAAGGGUCCCGUGAUAACCUACUUGGCCAAGGUCCCCGAUGUCGUUUCGGCCACCGCCCCCGAGUCUCUGAACUGGUUCAAGAUCCAGCACGACGGUAUGACCGUGCAGAGCGACGGCAGCCUGUACUGGGCUGUGGACAAGCUGGUGGCAGCAAAGGGAAUCUACAGCGCUAAGAUCCCGUCCUCGAUCCCCAGCGGCGACUACCUGCUGCGGUCCGAGGUGAUCGCGCUGCACGGUGCCAGCUCGGCCGGAGGCGCGCAGUUCUACAUGGGAUGCGCUCAGAUCAGUGUUACCGGCGGUGGAUCGGCCAGCCCCGCUACCGUAAAGUUGCCCGGCGCAUACAAGUCCAGCGAUCCCGGUGUUACUAUCAACAUCUACUACCCCGUGCCGUCGAGCUACACUAUCCCUGGACCCGCUGUGUUCUCGGGUUAG